AGACCUAGGGUUCAUUCGCUGCGCCGUCACUUCCUUCCCCCGUCUCUAACUUCUCAAACCCUCGUCGGCGAGGCCUCCGGCGGCGGCGACUAUGGUGAAGGGGCGCCAAGGCCAGCGCGUCAGGAUGUACGUGCGGGGCACGAUCCUGGGCUACAAGCGGUCCAAGUCGAACCAGUACGAGAACACGUCGCUGCUGCAGAUCGAGGGCGUCAGCACCAAGCAGGAUGUGGCGUGGUACGGCGGCAAGCGGAUCGCCUACGUCUACAAGGCCAAGACCAAGAGCGACGGCACAAGCAUCCGGUGCAUCUGGGGUAAGGUCACGCGCCCGCACGGCAACUCCGGCGUAGUGCGCGCCAAGUUCCGGUCAAACCUCCCGCCCAGCUCCAUGGGUAAGAAGGUCCGUGUCUUCAUGUACCCCAGCAGUAUCUAAUCAAGGUAUCUUGCCUACUGCCUGCUAUGGAGGAGGUUCAGCUGGAAAGACUCCAUGGAAAUUUUGAGUAGUCUAGCUUACUCUUUGCUUUCUUUUCUUUUUUUUUUUACUGAACAGGCUGUUAGUCGCAACCUGGACAACUUAUGUCAAUUGUAACUCAUUGGCCUUGUGGAAUGAAAGUAUUAUGCUUUGUUAAUGGCA